AUGGACACAAUACAAGAAAAACACAUUUUAUCUGGCAAACAUAUCAUUGUUGCUGGGGCCGGUAUUGGUGGGCUGACAUUUUGCAUUGCUCUGCAACGAUUCCUUGAGAAUCACAAUCGAGAAAUAAAUCCACCACCAAAUAUUGUGAUAUACGAACGUGAAGAGUCCAUGGAUGUCAUCGGACGACAAGGCUAUUCGCUUUCUAUCAGAAGUGAUCCACUAAGUGGAGGAGUGCAAAUACUCCAAAAAUUGGAUCUGCUCAAUGAGAUACUUGCUGAAAGCAAUCCAGGCACACACUUUACAGUCUUCAAAAAUGACUUUACGCCAUUGAUAGAAUUUCGAUCACCACCUGUCGAAGAUCUUUCACAACUAACUCUAUGCAUUGCACAACUUGAAGAUGGAAAAGUUUUAGUAACUUUAUCAGAUGGCCAUCAAGAACAAUGUGAUUUACUCGUUGCUGCUGAUGGAUCCAAUAGUAAGGUACGACGAGAACUUCUGCCCCAACAUGAACUUAGAUUUGCUUGUGCAGUUUCCAUUGUGGCACGUACUCGACCUCUGAACAAGUUGCCUCAGCCCCUAGAUACAACAUGUGGCGGUGUACUCGGCGGCAAUGGACAUUUUCUUUUUAUUGCACCGACUGAUCAAACAAGUGUACUUUGGAGCGUGAGCUAUCUUUCAGAUACACCCUGCGAACCCAAACCUGCUGGAACUAUGAGCGAUGCAGAAAUUGAACAAGUACUAGCCGACGCUGAACAGCGUUUGAGGCUCUCAACAACAUCUCAAUCAAAACGAAAAUUUCCAUUAAAUUACGUGCUUUCACGAUUUGAUCAAACACUUGAAUUAGCUGCUGAAGAUCCAUCAUCAAAAGACUUUGGACCACGAUGUAGAAAGAAACAACAAUUAGUUAAAACAAUGCGUGAUGAUGUGGUUAAUACUUAUGGUAUUGAUUCUUAUCCAACAGCAUUUCAAUUUGAUCGAGUGAUAGUUAGUGUGAAAAAUAAAUAUCCAGCACUUAGGAAAAUAUUUGGUGAAAAUAUGAACCUAUUAACAUCAGCAUUGAAACAGCAGUUCUCUCGUAAUCGACAAUUAUCCAGCUAUUUAUCUGAAGUAUUAGUGAAAAAACAUCAAUCAUAUGGACAUCAAAUGUCUGACCGAAAAUUGAAAUUUGUGAUGGUGGAAUUAGUAUCUUGUCGGGUAAGCAUUGACCUAUUAGUCUAUUUGUUAAUUUUUUGUCUUUUAGGAAUAUUUAGUCGAGAAAAAGAACAAUCAGAAGAGUCUUUGAAACAAUUGCGUCAACGUGCAGAAUCAAUGCGUAUUUUAAUUAAGACAAUAAAUUAUGAUUAUGGUUAA